UGAGUGAGAGUGAGAAGGAGAGGGAGAAAGAGUGAAGCCGGCUUCCGAUCUAUCACCUAUAUAAGGGUGUAUAUUUCACUGGACAGCAAUCAUUCGCUGUUUGUCGUCUGACACGAGAGUAACAGAUCUCCACGUCCUCAAUAAACUGCCAUCAUGAACAUGUCCAUUCUUGCCCUGGCUGUUUUCGCCUCCGUCUUCCUUUUGGUAAACAGUUCAGUAAUACCCCACGGUGAACACUAUGGUGAACACUAUGGAAAAGCAGGCCACGAUGAAGCCCACCAUGGUGUAGCUUCUGCUGAACACGUAGCAAACAACGCCUACGCUGAACACGGUGAACAUGGCGUGAAAGCCGCCUACGACGUCGGUUACCGCAACCAUGAACACGAUCACGUGGACAACUAUGGACACCAUGAACACGACGAGGACCACGACAAACACAAGGACGACAUGUUGGAAAAAUAUGGAAACUUUGUUGCUCAUGCUGGCCACAACGCAUACGGUGGUGAACACAGUGCUGUAGCUGGGCACGCUGAUGUGUACGGCGCUGCAGGUGGACAUGGCGGAUUUUCCGGUCCCGGUUUUGAUGGAGUUGGACUCGGUCACGGUGGUUUUGGUGGUCACGGUUUCGGAGGUCUUGGUGGCCACGGCGGUUUUGGCCAUGGAGGUUUUGCUGGCCAUGGUGGUCUUGGUGGUCACGGUGGUUUUGGUGGUCACGGUGGUUUUGGUGGUGUUGGUGGUCACGGUGGUUUCGGUGGACACGGCUUUGGUGGACAUGGUUUGGCUGGACACGGUUAUGGUGGACAUGGUGGUUAUGGUGGCUAUGGCGGAUACGGUCAUUAAAAAUAACUUUGUAAAAAUAAAUUCUUUUAUUUUUAUCACACUUAAAUCCCCAAAAGAUGAACCUCAACGCCAACCUGAACCGUAUUGAUUUACUUACCUGUUGUUGAAUAAACGGGUGUUUUCACCCAAAUUGUACGUAUUAAA